CACCAACUCAACCAUGAGACCCAAAACCAACAUUUUAUUUUGGUUUUCAGUCAUUUUGGUCUCACUCUUUGCCUUUCUAUUUCCCUUCAAAACAAUCCCUCCUUAUUCCUCUACUAACAAACUAAUUACUAGUCCAGAAAAAACCAUUGAGAUUGCCUUCAUCAAACAGGUGAUGCAACAAGUUGGUAUUGAUGAGCUUCUCUCACUCUUGAAACGCAUUGCCGAACCGAUAUCCGGUCGUCUUUGCCGGCACCGCCAUCAUAGGAAGAGGAAGCCUAAGAUGGAUUGUGAAGACACCAAUGCCUUCACAUCUUGGAUUGUUUCAGAGUAUGAUGUCUCCCUCCUCCUCACAGUGAAUUUGAAUAAGGAAUGUGCCAACUUCACUAGUGUUCAAGAGGCCAUAAACUCUGUUCCUGAUGAUAGCCCCACUAGAACACUCAUCUUUAUUGAUUCCGGUGUUUACAGGGAGAAGGUAGUGGUGGGUGCUAACAAGACAAACUUGAUAUUCCAAGGAAGGGGAAAUGUGAACACAUACAUAGAAUGGAAUGAUACUGCUAACUCCACUGGAGGAACAAUUUACAGCUCUUCAGUUGCCAUUUUGGCUCCUAACUUUGUAGCUUACAAUAUUAGCUUUCAGAAUACAGCUCCAGCACCUGAUCCAGGUGAAGCUGGUGAGCAGGCUGUGGCAUUGAGGAUUGUAGGUGACCAAGCUGCUUUUUAUGGUUGUGGAUUUUAUGGUGCACAAGAUACACUUCUUGAUGACCAAGGGAGGCAUUACUUUAAAGAGUGUUUCAUCCAGGGAUCCAUUGAUUUCAUCUUUGGGAAUGCCAGAUCACUCUAUGAGGAUUGCACCAUUGUUUCAAUAGCCAAACAAAUUCCAGGAGUGAUUAGUGGAUCAAUCACAGCUCAUGGAAGGCAGUCUAUAAGUGAGAAGACAGGAUUUUCAUUUGUGAAUUGUAGUAUCAGUGGAUCAGGGAAAGUGUGGCUUGGGAGAGCUUGGGGUGCUUAUGCCUCUGUUAUCUUUGCCAAAACAUACAUGUCUGAUGUGAUUUCUUCAGAUGGAUGGAAUGAUUGGAAUGAUCCCUCCAGAGACCAAACUGUCUUCUUUGGAGAAUAUGAAUGUGUUGGACCAGGAGCCACUGAUAAGUUAAGGGUGCCAUACACCAAACAAUUGAGUUAUUCUGAAGUGAUUCAGUACUUAGACAUUUCUUACAUAGAUGGAAAUGAAUGGCUUCUCCAUCAUCAUCUUCAACAUGGAGGAUUUAUUCAGAGAUACUAAUAAUUAUUGCAGCAAUUUUGGACAUCAGAGAAAAGAAGCACAGAAGACAGUAAUUUAGUCUGAAAUUAAGGAUACUAAUUAG